ACCGUCAAAAAUCGCUUUCGUCGUUUAGCUUCUUCUCAUUAUUCGGAAACGCCUUAUCUUUGCACAAAGGCAAACAAACAACAACAGCAAGAAGCCCAGUUCCAACCCAAACACACCGCAUACUCUUCCCUACAAUAAUCUUCAACAUUAUUAUUCUUCAAAACUAAAAGAAAAAAUGAAAAAGAAGAAAAUAUAGCAAUGAGUGAUUCAUUCUCCACAAAAAUUAAGUUCUAAAGAAAGAAAUCUUCACUUACUAUGCUCCACUGCUUCAACAGUAAGUUGUCUUUUGCUUCUUCAGUUUCCAUUCACAAUACCUUCUUCAUAUUCCUCACGAUUUUUAAUUUCUAAUUUUUUUUUAUGCUUGAACUCAACAGAAGCAAAAUGAAUCACUGUGUUCCAGAUUUCGAAAUCCAAAUCGACGAUGACGAAGAAUUCCCAAUUCCCGUCUCAAAGAAACCCUCAAUGCAAAACGACGAGAUCAUGGAACUGUUGUGGCAAAACGGCCAGGUUGUGAUGCAGAGCCAAAACCAUCGACCACUCAGAAAACCGCCGCAUACGUUGGUUGCCGGCGGAGUCUCUCCGGCUAGGGAGAUUCGAUCCUCUGAAGCAGAAAACUACGGUAACCAACACUUGUUCAUGCAAGAAGACGAAAUGGCUUCGUGGCUUCACUAUCCAAUCCACGAAGAUCCUCCUCCCUUUGAUCACCACGAUUUCAGCGCCGACAUGCUGAACCCGCCGCCGACAAACGUAAUCGCGAGCGUGACUCACAGUAGCGCCGCCGUACAAUCCUCCUUUCGCACGACGGAGCUUCGACAUCCUGCUCCUCGUCCGCCGAUUCCUCCUUCUCGGCGGCCGGUGCCGGCGGCAAACAGUAUGCAGAAUUUCUCACACUUCUCGAAUCACGGCAAUUCGUCGUCGAGUUCCAAGGCCACGGCGGCGCAACCGACGGUGGUGGAUUCGUGCCAGACGCCGGUCGCGACGGCAGAGCACGCUGAAACCGGUCGCGCUAGCGUGACCGCCGCCGAUGCAGGUAAGGCGGCGGAGUCUGGAGGAAGGGAGACGGCGACGUGCGAUGUGACGGUGACGUCGUCUCCUGGUGGUUCAAGCGGGAGCGCGGAACCAGUUCAGAGGGAACUUGACCGAAAGAGGAAGGGGAGAGAACCGGAGGAAUCAGAGUUUCUGAGCGAGGAUGUAGAUUUUGAAUCUCCGGAAGCUAAAAAACAAGGGCGUGGUUCUACAUCUACUAAGAGAUCCCGUGCUGCAGAAGUCCACAAUCUCUCAGAGAGGAGGCGUCGAGAUAGAAUUAAUGAAAAAAUGAAAGCUUUGCAAGAACUUAUACCUCGAUGUAACAAGUCUGACAAAGCUUCAAUGUUGGAUGAAGCAAUUGAAUAUUUGAAGUCACUGCAAUUACAAGUGCAGAUGAUGUCCAUGGGAUGCGGCAUGGUACCCAUGAUGUUUCCUGGAAUCCAGCAGUAUUUGCCGCCAAUGGGAAUGGGAAUUGGCAUGGGUAUGGGCAUGGAAAUGGGAAUGAACAGACCGGUAAUGCCAUUUCCCAAUAUGUUAACUAGUUCAACUUUGCCAGCAGCAACUGCAGCUGCUCAUUUGGGACCGAGGUUUCCCCCUGUGCCUCCUUUCCAUAUUCCCCAUGUUCCUGCCCCUGAUUCAUCCAGAAUGCCAGCACCAAAUCUGUCAAAUAAUAGUAUGCUUAACGCACUUGGUACGCAAGGUCCAGAUCAAUCACGUAUCCCAAACUACACUGAUCCUUAUCAGCAAUACGUCGGCCUCCAACAGGUGCAGUUACAAUUAAUGCAGGCAAUGAACCAACCAAAUGUGAGCAAGCCCAGUACCAGUAGGGGUCAAGAGAAUCCAGAAAAACAUCAGUCAGAAGAAACAUGAUUGGUUGAUAUUUACAAUCUAGAGUUGACAAUUCAAUUGUGCUGCUCACUGUUGGAUCGCUGGCACAAGGUAACUCUCAUGUCAGGGGAUUGUAAGUCUCUUUAGAGAGAUAGUGCACAAGAGAAUAAUAAGUAUCAUUGAAACCAACUUGUGCACAUUGCAGGUUAAGCUUCACCGGCCCUAUACAAAAAGCAGCCAAGUGGUGUUUUAGAGAGAGCUAACUUUUUAGCAGUUCUCAGUAACAAGCUAAUCAAAUGGCUAACAUGUAAAUUAUUUUUCUGUCCCCCUCCUUUUACUCUGCACUUUUUCCUCCACUUAAACCUUCAUUCUAUUUU